AUGGAGGAGAAGAUUGAAAAGGAUCUGCUAACCAUAUUUACUCAAAGCGUAUCAAACAAUUUUGAAGAGAUAAAAUGUAGUGAGGGGAAAAUAGCUGCGUUAUAUAACGACAGUAAUAAAGAGAAUUACAUAAAGAUUCUCCUAAAAUUCAUUGUAUAUCCAUAUAAUGAAAAGAAUGAAAAGAAGAACUAUUAUGAUAAUUAUUUAAAUAAAAAUGUUAAGACAAGUAUAUUAAUAAGCAUAAAAAAUUAUAUUAAAAAAAGUGUUCAUAGUAGUUUAGACAAUGUUGAAUUAAGUUCAGAUAUAUGUAUAUUUAUAAAACAUAUAUGUAUGCAUAUGUUAUUAGAUAUAACAAAUGAAGAUAUAACAACUUUACAGAAAUAUUUAUUUGAAAUAUUAACGCACUUAUUUAAGUAUAACAUUUGCGAUGAUUAUGAUUAUCUUUUAUUUUACAUUAUAUUAUUAUACAUUAAUGAUUAUAAUUAUGUUCAUUUAAUAAAUAUAUUUGAUAGCGAUGAAAAGAAGAAUAAUGCGGAUGCGAUUAAAAUUGUAGAGUGUGUUAUGUUGUAUAUAAGGAAUAAAGAUAUAUUAAAAAAUAUUAAUCAGGAUAAUUUUUUUUUAGAAUAUAACAAGUUUAUUUCCAAUAUUGACAGCAUAAAAAUGAUCAUUAAUAAUAGAAACAAUUCUUUAAAUGAUGAUAUACUUAACUAUAUUAAUAACACUAAAAAGAUUUACAAGUCGAAUGAUGUGUAUAAUGUAUUCCUGCUUAAUGAUUUCCACUUGUACAAUAUGGACGAGGCUAAUGGGGUUGGCAAUAGUGGUAUAGGUGGGAAUACUAUGAUAGGGGGUAAUGCUAUGAUGAGUGGUAGUAACGUAAUUGGUGGAAGCAUGAUGGGUGGAAGCAUGAUGGGUGGAAGCAUGAUGGGUGGAAGCAUAAUGGGUGGAAGCAUAAUGGGUGGAAGCAUAAUGGGUGGAAGCAUGAUGAACAACAACCUGAUGAGUAGUAACCUGAUGGGAAACAACUUAACUGGGGGAAGUUUGAUCGACUCGACCGGGUACUCGUCCCCCGGCCGAGUUAACGAGAAAGGUACUUUACACGGUAACAUGAACAACAGCGAAAGUUUGGGAGGGUUCAAUUUCAUAGGAAAGGGAAGCAUUAUAAAAGACUACAACAAUAAUGUGAAACUAAUCCCAGUGUCGAAGUGCAGUUCGAUUUUUAAAAAUUUGAAUGUAAUUCAUUUUGAAAAGAAAUACACAGCAUUAAAAAUAGUUCGAAAAAUUUUAAAAAAAUAUAAAGACAAUGAUUAUAUUUCUAAGUAUGAUUUGAAAAUUAUUCUAACACAUAUAGAGUACCCUUUAACGCUGUAUUUUAUAUACUUAUAUAACAAAUUUAUGGAAUAUACAAAUUUUAUAAAUUAUAAACUAAACACUACGAACAACUCGUUUUCAUCAAAUAGUUCAGAUGAAAAACAAGUGAAUGAAGAAAUUAACAUGUGCUUCCAUACAAUGAAUCAAGUAGUUUUAAACAUUUACGUGCUCUUAAAAAUAUUUUACAAUAUUAAUAUUAUAGAUUUACCUGAGUAUUAUGAAGAUAAUUUUGAUAUAUUUUUUACUAUUUUUUAUCAUUUCUUAUUAUAUGAUAAUAAUGAUAUUUUGAAAAAUUAUUUUAAUCAUAUUAACUUGUUGACAAGUAUGAAAACAACAAGUAAUGUUGUUAUGGCAUCAACAUCUACCAGUAACUACAUUACAAAUAAACCCAAUUUUUUUUUAACGAAUGAUGAUAAGAAGAACGGGUUUACUCAUUUAUCACAUGAGAAUCUUAACAAACUAAAAAUCAAUUUUGAACAAAAUAUUCUGAAAUGUAAAAUUAAAAUAAUAGAUAUAAUAAAAGUUGUUUCGGAAAAUUAUCAAGAUGAAUCAAAAACAUAUAUCGUUAAGUUAAUCUAUUCCUUGUUACAAAUUUUGUACAAAGAGAGUGAAAAAAAUUUAUUAUGCCAUAAUUAUAAUUGUUUAUCAUCAACAAUUAAGUUAAUACAUCAUAUGAAUUUAGAAAAAAAUGAUUUGAAUCCAUAUAAAGACAAACAGUUUUUAGAAAAGAUUAUCGAACGUGUUUUACACCAUAUAAGAUUAAAACGGAUAGAUAUAGAUGAGAUUAUUGAAGCCGAUCUUGAUUAUUUUAGAAAUGAUCUAAACAAUGUUAAUGCAUUUUCAAUUCGUUCAACAGCUACACAUUUUUUGAAAACACUUUGCAUGAACUACUUUGAUAUAUGCUUUCCCAUCUUGGAAUUUCGUAUCUUGUCCAAGGAUUCACUUAUUACAUUGACCUCUCCUUGUGCCGUAACUACUAGCGGUGUAAAUAACAUUACAAGUAGUGGUGUAAACAGUACUAGUGGUGUUAGUAGUAGUACGGUGAUAGGGAAGGAAGACCCGUACUACGAAGCGUGCAACAUGGAAUAUAAGACGCAGCUUAUUACGUGCCUGAAUCAGACGAAUUUAGCAAAAAAUUUUUAUGAACAUAACAUAAGGAAUGUGUUAAAAGAGUUCAUCGUAUCAUUUCAAAUGAAAUUUAGAAAUCUAAAUACACUUUGUUACAAUAUUAAUGAUUACAAUUUUGUAAAUCCGCAUAUGAACACACUAAGUAAUAAAUGUGUUUGGGUUGUUAAUGAACAGUUAUUUAAUACAAAAAAUACUAUAUAUCUUUUAUCUAUGCUAAAAUUCUUAUUAAAUAAUAGAAGUAUUAUAUGUACAGCACAUGAUGAUGCAUUAAGUAUAUUCCCUUUUUUACAUUUUUUACUAUAUAACGAAAAGGCAAUGAUUUACAAUUAUGCUUGUUUGUGCAUAAACCGUAUGUUGAACCAGCAGUUGAACCCAGAAUUAAUGAAUGUAAUAUAUAGUAGUAGUAUCCCGGAUAUAUUAAACCGUCUUUUAUUCUUGUUAAAAUUACAUGUACAUAAUAAAUUAUUAAAUGAAUAUGUGUUAAUAACGAUUAUGAGGAUAUUUCUAAUUUAUUCAGAGAGACUAACAAAUGUGUAUGUCACAGUGCUAUUAAUCAUAGAUAAUAUAAUCAAAUUAAUUAUAAAUGAUUCUCAUAAUCCUUUAUUUAAUCAUUACCUCUUUGAAUUAUUAACAAUAAUUAUAUCCUUAAUAUAUAAAUCGCAAAUAGUUAGUAGUAUAAACCAAGUAGAAGAAAUUAUCAUAACGACCUUUUCUCAAAUUUUACAAAUAUAUAUACAUGACUUUAUUCCAUAUAUUUUUCAAAUCCUUUCAAUUAUUAUUGACAAUACGAAUACAAUACAAAAAGUGCAUAUAAAAAUUUUAAAUAAUUUAUAUGAAACAGAUUUAUGGAGAAGUACCAUUGGAAAUGCAAAUGGAAUUAUAUGUGUUUUAAAGAGUUAUUUUAAAAAAUAUAAUGUAUUUCAAGAUAUAAUUAAAAAUAAUAUGCAGCAGUUGUUUAAUAUAUAUCACUAUUGCUUAUCCAAUAAAAGACUGUCAACAGACUCGUUUCAAAUCAUCCUAAUUAUCUUUACGUAUUUACCUGUUGAAACUUAUCAGUCUUUCUUAAAACCAUUAUUCGUUUUGCUAUUCACUUUUUUACAACAAUACAAAAAUGAUAUCAUCAAAAUUAAGGUAAUCCAUUCUAUUUCCGUGUUGAUCCUCAAGACAGACGUUAGCCUCAUAUUCAAUGUACUGAAGAGCCUGUACAUGCCGAUCCUCGACAAGCUUAUAAAUGUAAAUGAGAAAAUCAUAAUCUUCAUAGCACUCACAAAACUGAUAAGCAACGAAAAGAUAAGGAAUGAAUCCUUUGUGGUUGAUAUUCUCAAUCUACUAAACAAAAACAUAACAAAUAAUGAACUCGUUUUGAAAAAAGCGAAGACUCACCAUCUUGAUGUUGAAAAGGAUGAAAUGGACAAAAAUUUUGAAGUUACUUACGUGAAGCUGCAAAUGAUAAACAAUGAUAACAUCAACGACACGGUUUUGCGGGACAUAAAUAUCAAUAUGGAACUGAAGCAGAAUUUGUACAAUCCAAUUUUUAUGCAAAUUUGUCACAACAACUCUUUCAACAGCAUCCUUCAGCUGUUCAACAGUUGA